UUCCACCACCACCUUUCCCAUUACCUUUUCCAUACAUAUAAGUAAACAAUUCUCUUUUCUCAUCCCAUCCUCCAUUCCAAUUCCAAACAUGGCCUUAGCCAAUUUUCUUGUCAUUCUCAUCAUUCUACUACCAACCACACUUUCUUCUUCCCCCGACUCAGUCGAAACCCUGCUUCUCAAAGUUUGUGACAAUGUCUACGAGAAGGACGCAUGCCUCACCAAAGUCCAAACUGAGCUCAGCCAACAAUCCCCUGAUCGUAGCAGGCACUCUGUCAUAAGCGCUGCGCUUAAGCACUCUCUCAACGAAGCACGAGCUGCUAUUGAAAUGAUCACAAGGUUCAACUCUUUGUCGAUAAAUUACAGAGAACAAGUUGCCAUAGGAGAUUGCCAGGAGCUUCUUGACUUCUCAGUCUCCGAGCUGGCUUCGUCUCUAGGAGAGAUGAAGAUAAUCCGGUCUAAUCCAAGCGACAUGGCUCAACAUGAAGGUAAUCUCAAGGCUUGGCUUAGUGCUGCUCUGAGUAACCAAGACACUUGUCUUGAAGGCUUCGAAGGCACUGAUAGACGUGUUGAGAGGUUCAUUAGAGGAAGCUUGAGACAAGUCACUCACCUUAUAGGCAAUGUUUUGGCUUUGUACACCGAGCUUCAUAGCUUGCCCUUUAAGCCUCCAAGAGAUCAGAAUUAUGUCAUACCAACCAAUCAGACCUCAGGGUUACCGUCUUGGAUCACAGAUGGUGAUGAGGAGCUGAUGAAAGCCCACCCUUCACGUGUGCAUGUCAAUGCUGUCGUGGCAGCAGAUGGGAGUGGGAAGUACAGGACCAUUACAGAAGCUGUUAAUGAAGCUCCAAGUUAUAGUAACAGGAGGUAUAUUAUAUACAUAAAGAAGGGAAUUUAUAGAGAGAAUAUUGACAUGAAGAGGAAGAAGACUAAUAUUAUGUUUGUUGGAGAUGGUAUUGGAAAAACUGUGGUCACCGGUGAUCGAAACUUCAUGCAAGGAUGGACUACCUUCAGAACUGCUACCGUUGCUGUAUCUGGGAAGGGAUUUAUAGCAAGAGACAUGACAUUUCGCAACACAGCACCACCAGAAAACCAUCAAGCUGUGGCUCUUAGAGUUGACUCAGACCAAUCUGCCUUCUUCAGGUGCAGCAUAGAAGGACACCAAGAUACCCUAUACGCUCACUCUCUCCGUCAAUUUUACCGCGAAUGUGACAUUUAUGGCACAAUAGAUUUCAUCUUUGGCAAUGGUGCAGCCGUCUUGCAAAACUGUAAGAUCUACACCAGGGUACCGCUACCAUUACAAAAGGUCACAAUAUCAGCUCAGGGUAGGAAAAACCCACACCAGAGCACUGGAUUCUCAAUCCAAGAUAGCUACAUCUUGGCCACACAGCCAACUUAUUUGGGGAGACCUUGGAAACAAUUUUCCAGGACUGUUUAUAUGAACACUUACAUGAGUGGUUUGGUUCAGCCUAGAGGGUGGCUUGAGUGGUAUGGUGAUUUUGCCUUAAGCACAUUAUGGUAUGGUGAGUACAGAAACUAUGGACCGGGUGCAGCCUUAUCUGGCCGGGUCAAAUGGCCCGGUUAUCACGUCAUCCGGGAUGCCGGCACGGCAAAUUUCUUCACCGUUGGCCGGUUUAUUGACGGGCUGCGAUGGUUGCCGAGGACAGGUAUCAAAUUUACGGUGGGAUUGGGUAAUUAGCACUCUUAAUUAUUUAAUUAGUCUUAGAAGCUUUUAAAUGUUUUCUUAACAAUUAUUUUGUUUGAUUUAUUUGUAUUGUGUUGUCAGUUGUAACUCAGUAAGCACAUAUAAUAAAAUUUUAUAUAAAAUUGCAGUUGCA